GCAGCUAUUGGAGAUGGUGUAAAACGGCAUUUCCUGUCUAUGGUAAUGGAAAAAAUCCAGUUUGGUUUCGACCUUGACUUCGAGAACACUACCAGAACUCUUCUGUUCAAUGGGACAGGCGAUCACAAGGUCCCAUCCACUUCCAAAGCCCUGAUAGAUGGAGACCUUUUCCGAGUAGCUGGACGUGCCAUAGGACAUUCUUUUAUUCAUGGAGGUCCUCGAUUCACUGGACUGAGUCCAGCAAUGUUGCAGCUAAUUGUUAAAAGUAAAGAGGAGUCUGCUGCACUUGAGGUUGCUGACUGCCCUGAUACAGAUGUUGUUGAUGUGGUGUCUGUACUUGAUAGUCAGAGAGAACUGAACCCACAGGAACAAUGCGAGGUGAACAACUUGGCCUUCAGCUGGGAUCUUCCUCCCAUCAAUAAUAACAACAGGAGGUGGUUGGCAGAGAAAAUCCUACAGCAUGCAGUCAUUGAACGGAGAAGAACACAAAUGAAGCAGCUCCGUAGGGGGCUGAAAGAGAGAGGUGUUGUCACUAUGAUUAAAGAGCGUCCGGCCCUAUCCGAGGUCCUUUUCCCAAGAUCAGCAGAACAAGUGAUGGACUCACAGACCAUCUUGAAAAGGAUCAUCUGGCCAAUGCCAGAUAGUGAGGAUGAGGAUGACCACAGCAACGUGGAGGAGACAUGCCUGGUCACAGGCUUUUUGAGAGACUACAUUGAAAAAGGGUCUUCUCAGGAACUACAACUACUCCUGAAGUUCUGGACAGGUUGGAGUAAGUAA